AUAUCAUCAUGUCCACGGGGGGAACAAUUUGCUGAAGGGAAUAUGAAAAAAAUUAAUUUGCCAGGACUUGAUUUACACAGUACUUAUUCAAAACAUGAAUAUAAUUCAGACCUACCACAGUCAAGUCAUAGUUAUUUUGACCAUAAUGAGCAAGGUAGAAGUUAUGUUAAUACUGAAUUGGACGAAAAUAACGAAAACAAUGAAGAAUAUAAUGAAGUUCAAAAAAAAGCUUUACGUAAUUCAAACAUGAAUUCUGUUGAUAGUAUUACUUGUGCAAAUUCAGUGACUGACCUAAAAGAUUUAGUUGUAGAUGAAAUUAAACUUUUUGAACAUUAUACAUUUAAAGAUCUUUCUCAUAAAUCAAAUGAUUUAGAAAUUGCUGAGUCUAAAGAAAAGAUUAUUAGUACCAUCAAUUCAAACUGUACAAUUUUAAUAACUGGUGCUACAGGAUGUGGGAAAAGUACUCAAGUUCCUCAGUUUAUUUUAGAUGACUGUAUGAGUAAAAAAAAAUAUUGUAAUAUUGUUGUUGUUCAACCUAGACGUAUAGCUGCAAUUUCAGUAUCUAAACAAGUGAAUAUAGAACGCGGUUGGAAAGAUGGACUUUUAGUUGGUUAUCAAGUUGGACAAAAAAAAAAUUAUAACAAAACAACAAAAAUUUUAUAUUGCACUACAGGAAUUUUGUUAUUAAAAAUUAUUAAAGCAAAAUCCCUUUCUCAAUUUUCUUACAUUAUCUUAGAUGAAGUUCAUGAAAGAACACUUGAAAUGGACUUUUUAUUAUUAAUUAUAAAGAAGUUACAAAAUUACAACUCCCAGUCGACUCAUGUAAUACUAAUGUCUGCUACAGCAGAGACUGUAAAAUUAAGAGAUUAUUUUGGUGAUUAUUAUGGGUAUCCUUAUCAAAGAUACCAUCCAGCACCAUUAGUUAAAAUCGACAAGGCAUCCAACUAUACUAUUCAUGUAGCAUAUUUGAAUGAUUUAUUUGGAAUGAUACCUUCUGCCCGAAGAAUGGAGUUUAGUAAAACAGAAAUAAAUGAAGCUGGAUAUGAGACAGCUGUUCAAUUAGUUAAAACAUUUGAUAUAAUAAAAGUAGAUAAUGACAACAAAAAAUCUGUAUUGAUAUUUUUACCCGGUAUUUAUGAAAUUGAAGAAAUGCAUACAUUGGAGGAUUUAAUGACUUCGGAAAAUCAUAAGUGGAUUCUUAUACCAUUACAUUCAUUAAUAACGAGUGAAGAACAAGACAAGGUUUUUAUACAAGCACCAUUAAAUUAUCGCAAGAUUAUUUUGUCCACCAAUGUUGCUGAGAGUUCUAUAACUGUACCAGAUGUUUAUUUUGUGAUUGACUUUUGUUUGAUUAAACAAUUAAAAAAUCAAAUGAAAUCCAAUUAUUCCAUGUUAGUUAUGACUUGGGCAUCAAAAAGUAAUUGUAAUCAAAGAGCUGGAAGAGUGGGUCGUGUAGCUGAUGGUCAUGUUUAUAGGUUGAUUCCUAAAAAGAUGUUUGAUGAAUUUGAAGAUAAUGAAUUACCAGAAAUGAGUCGUUGUUCUCUCAGUCGCGUUGUAUUAAUGUCUAAAAUAUUGAAUAUGGGAACACCCAAACAACUUCUUGCAAGUGCGUUAGAUGCACCAUGCUUAAAAAAUAUUGCACUCACAAUCCGCACUCUUAAACAGGUGGGAGCGCUAUUAUCGACCGUAAAUGGAGUAAUUUCUUCAGUGGAUGGUGAUUUAACAUAUAUGGGAAAAGUAAUUGCACAUUUACCAUUAGAGCCACCAAUGUCAAAAUUAAUUUAUUUUGGAUAUAUUUUUAAUAUUACUAAUGAAGCUAUCAUAAUGGCAUGUGGUUUAUCAAUAAAAAGUAUAUUUAGUCAGCCUUUUAAUCGACGUUUAGAAGCAUAUACACAAAGGUUAACCUGGGCUAAUUAUUCUUGUAGUGAUCCAAUUGCAUAUAUUGGUGCAUAUCAAAGUUGGCUAGAGAGUAAGCCAAAAUUUGAUCAAAAUCGAAAUUUUGAAAAAACGUGGGCCUAUAAAAACUAUAUACAGCUAUCAGCAAUGCGAGAAUUAUAUGACUUGAUUAAUGAUGUAUCUGGUAGACUGAAUAGAGAUUUUGGUAUAUUGACAAAUUUUGGUAAAAUGAAAUGGAUCAAAUCUGAAGAAAAAGCUUUGGCUUGCAAGGUUGUAUUGGCUGGGGCAUUUUAUCCUAAUUAUUACAUACGAAAAAUAAAUAAUGCAUAUAUGGAUGAACAUGAAGUACUUAAAACAUUAAAUGGUCAUGAUCCUUAUCGAACAGUUUAUUUUACUGGAUUUCCAAAUGAUCAGCCUAAAGAGUUAUAUAAAGAAGCUAUUGAAUCUCUAUUUCCUGAAAGAUUGGUUGGCAAACCUACUGCGUAUUUUAAUACAUCAUCUAAUAAAGUGUAUGUAGAAUUCCCAACGUCAAACACAAAGAACACAACAUAUAAUAAUCAAUAUGAAGAAAAAGAAAAUCAAUUAGUACCAGGAAAUAUAUGCUAUGGUGUUUAUGUGGCUAUUAAAAUGCGUUUUUUAAAAUUUAAUUUUAAAAUACCAUUAAUGAAGCCUGAUGAUGCAAAAAAAAAAUUGGAGUUGAUAACCCAACAAAUGGCUGCACAGGAAAUAACUCGUAAGGAAGUAUUACCAAUUCAACACUGUGUACUCGAAGAAAUUAAAUCUAAUAAUAGAGCUAUUGUCAUAAGAGUGUCAUGCUUUGAAUCUGUUGAUUGUUUUUGGGCUCAGAUUAACGAUGAAAAACAUAAUAAUAUAUUAAUUAAACUAUGGAAGUUUGUUAAUGAGGAAAUAAGUUUCAUAGAAAUUAAUCCAAAAAAUUUAGUAAUAGGCAAUGUUUAUGUUGUGAUGUAUCAAAAAGAAAAAUAUAGAGGCAAAUUAAUGGAGUUUCUUCAUGAUCCUAAAAAAAAUUACAAAUUUUUAUUGAUUGAUUAUGGAGAAUCUGUUCAGUUGUGUAUUGAAAAUAUAUUUAAUAUUAAAGAUGAUGAUACAAAAAAUACAGUUUAUAAUUUCCCUACUUUGGCUUUUCAAUGCAAAUUUGCAAAAAUACGUUCAUCAAUAAAUAGGCAAUUGAAUGCUGAUUGGUUUGAGGAAACUAAAAUGUUUUUCAUUGAUAAAAGUGUAAAAGGAACAAUAUAUUCUAUAGUUGAUGGUGUUGUGUCAUUUGAAGAUCUAACCUUCAUAGAUGAAGAAAAAGAAAAAAAUUCGAUUUCAGAGUAUCUUAUUGAGAAUAAUUUAGCUAUUCGUACUGAAGAGUCUUUUGCUUCAAAGAAAGAUCAUGAAAGACGAUUAAAGCUUAAAGGAUGUGUUAACAAUAAGAUACAUGAAAAAUCGAAUGUCGUACGUCUCAACCCUAAAAGUCCUACAGUAAAAGAGUCGUAUAAAAUUCUCAAUUUAAAAGGACCUAAAAGUCCACUAGAAAUGUCAGUUUAUGGAUUAAGUCGUGAUAGUACUUGUAAAAUAGUAAACAUACAAUGGAAUUCUGUCAAUUCUGUUUUAUUGGAUACUGAUCCAAAUGAUAGUCAUGAAAGGUUGUUUGUUGCUGGAAACGUGUGUGUUAAUGAAAAUGAUAAGUUAACACUUUGGGAUACAACUAUGAUGCCAAAUAUCCCUGGAAUGCUGACAAUUAUCUCUUUGAUUUUUUCACCGUGCGUGGAAAUCAGAUACAAUUCUUCAUUUACUAAAAUGAUUGGAGCCAUUUGUGGUUUAGGUUACCACCCAGAAACUGGUAUGCCAUUAUUUGAAGAAAAAGAUGCUGAGAUUACCUUUGAUACUGUUAUUGAUAUGAAUUUAUUGAACAAGAUAAAUGUUAUGAGAAUGUUGUUGAAUAGAUGUGUUAAUCCAGAAGACGAAGAAGGUCCUGGUGAUAUUUUUCAAAUACAGCAUCACUUACAAUCAUCUUUAAUAGAGCUAUUCAGUCAUCCUACAAAGUUUAAAGGGGUAGAACCUUACACAAACAAUUAUACAUGGUCAGAAAUUAAAAAAUCAAGAUUGCAAUCACCACACCAAGAAAAUAGCCCCAUUAAUCAUCCGAUGGAUGGUUCUGAUGUUUAUAAACUGAUUUGGAGCGCUCUUUUAUCACAAAAAAUGUCUACUAUUGACUGUAAAGACUUAUUGUUUAAACUAAGUAAAAUCAAAAGAUUAGAAGAAUGCUUGAAAUUCAACAAUUAUACCAAUAAACGGUGUUUAGAAGAACUUCAUUGUCCACUAUGUCAAUUGGUGUUUAUUAACUCUUCGUCCAUUCUAAUGCAUUUCAACAAUUACCAACAUAUUGAACGUUAUAAACUUGCUAGAGAAGAAUUACAAUUGCACUAUACGGGACCAUCUAGAGAUAUAAAAAACUUGUGA